UCUACACAACCUCCCUGUUUAGAAGGACAUAAACUAGGGGAUGUUAUCUUGGAUGUCCCGCAGCGCUAAAAACAAGCCUGGGUUAUUUAUCCUUUAAAAAGACAGUAGUUCCCGGCCACUGUGUGCUGUGAGUCUGGCUGUGUGUGCGUGGAGUGAGUCAGUGCUGUACACAGCUGUAGUGAUAACAGAGCAGCUAGCUGUUAGCUUUAGCCACUCACUGCAAUGGCCUCCGAUAGUGGCAGCAACAUGGACAGAGAAAUGAUCCUGGCUGACUUUCAGGCAUGCACUGGCAUUGACAACAUUGCAGAAGCAAUCACUCUCCUAGAACUGAACAACUGGGACCUGGUGGCCGCCAUAAAUGGUGUGAUACCACAAGAAAAUGGCAUCAUGCAAAGCAGGUUUAGCACUGAGGGCUCUCAGACAAGCCCAGAAGGAGCUCACAGCCAAUCAGCAGCAACAGAGCCCUCAGCUGCAUCAUCAUCAUCCUCACCUCCAUCUUCUUCCUCGUCUGCCUUUUGUUCUGUCCUGCCCUCCCGGUCAAUUGUGGAGCGACAGCCACGCAUGCUUAACUUCCGCAUAGAGUACCGCACUCGCACAGUAGAGGUGGUGCUGGAGGAUGCUAGCACAGUGGGUGAGAUUAAACAGGUCCUGGAAACAGAGCUUCAGGUUCCCAUGUCAAAAAUGCAGCUAAAAGGAUGGAAGACAGGAGAUGUGUCUGACAUUACGGUACUGAAAACUUUACACCUGCCCAAAAACAACAGUCUAUAUGUCCUGACGCCAGACAUCGCCUCCUCAGCCAGCACCAGCCAGAGCGCCCAGCCUGAGUCAUUAAAUCAGAACUACCUGCUGAUCAUCUGCCACCGGGAAGCGCAGAAAGAGUACAAUCUUAACUUCCCUGGCAGCAGAACUAUCCAGGAGGUUAAGAGGAACAUCUCAGACUUGACUAACAUUCCUGUACGGCAUCAGCAGUGGGAUGGAUGGCCGUCCUCAGCCUCAGACGACUCUAUGACGUUAGCCUCCUCUGGGAUCAGCUACCCAUGUCAUCGGCUGAGUGUGUGUAAAAGGUCUUCCCCAGCCGCCAACCUGGAACCAACCGAGCAGAGCACAGACAUCCACAUGGUCAGCGACAGUGAAGGAGACGACUUUGAAGAUGCGCCUGAAUUCGGAGUAGACGAGUCUGAAAUCUUUACCAUGGGAAGCUCAACUUGUCAAAAGUCUCCAAUGAUGCCAGAGAACAGUGAAAAUGAGGGUGAUGCUUUAUUGCACUUUACCGCCGAGUUCUCAUCAAGGUAUGGAGAAUGCCAUCCAGUCUUCUUCAUUGGUUCUUUAGAGGCUGCAUCUGGAGAGGCAUUUCAUGGCAAAGCUAGAGAUAGAAAGCUGCUGGCGAUCUAUCUCCACAAUGAUGACAGUGUGCUUAGCAACGUCUUCUGUUCCCAAAUGAUGUGUGCAGACUCUAUUGUCUCAUAUCUCAGCCAGAAUUUUAUCACGUGGGCCUGGGAUGUCACUAAAGAAGCUAACAAAGCCAGAUUACUCACCAUGUGCACGAGGCACUUUGGAAGCGUGGUUGCACAGACCAUUCGGACGUACAAAACCGACCAGUUUCCCCUGUUGCUGAUAGUUAUGGGCAAGCGAACGUCAAAUGAAGUUUUAAAUGUUAUUCAAGGUAACACAACAGUAGACGAUCUGAUGAUGAGACUGAUGGGAGCAAUGGAAAUCUUUACAGCCCAGCAGCAGGAGGAUAUCAAAGAUGAGGAUGAGCGUGAAGCUAGAGAAAUGGUGAAAAGGGAGCAGGAUGAAGCAUAUCGCGUGUCUUUAGAAGCUGAUCGCAAAAAGAGAGAAGCUCAGGAGCGGGAAGAGGCAGAACAAGUACGUCAGGAGCGAAUUAGGAAAGAGCAAGAAGAGGAACGGGAGGCCAUCCGUCUAUCACUGGAGCAAACCUUACCACCAGAGCCUAAGGAAGAAGCAGGAGAGCCGAUCAGCAAACUGCGGAUUCGGACGCCAAGUGGCCAGUUUUUAGUGAGGCGUUUCCUGGGAAGCUGCAAGUUACAAGUUCUCUUUGACUUUGUGGCAUCUAAAGGCUACCCAUCAGAUGAGUUCAAACUGCUUACCACCUUUCCACGCAGAAAUAUAACACAGUUAGACCCUGCAUGGACUUUGUUGGAAGCCAAGCUGUUUCCUCAGGAGACCCUCUUUCUGGAGGCCAAAGAGUAGGCCUGACUGCACUUGGAUAAAUCACACAAUGAGAACAUUAGCAUGGUGUAUAUGGAGAACAGGCGCACUCAAACACACUCACUCUACAUGAUAACUGAGUGUAUUUAUUAUACACACUGAAGCUUUCACAAGCACUGAGAUACACUCACACACAUCAUUUUUCUCUUCACCCUCCCAUCAAAAAAUAAAAACAGGUGGAGAUCCAAAUGACAGCAGUCGAGGAUGGCCCACUAUGGCUGCUUUUUAGACUUGAUUUGUGUUGAACAAAUAAAAAAUAAAAUACCAAAAAAGAAAAAAAAACAUAAAAAGUGAAGAAACAUUUUGUGAAUAAUGCUGGACUAUUUCUUUUCUCUUGCUCCACUGGUUCCCUUGCUUUUUCGCCACGUCCUCUGCAGUAUCAGCUAUCCAAACCAUCUUCAGAACUGGUUUUAUCAUCAACUGCUUAAAAAAACUACAGUUUCCAAUGGUGAAUCUGCCCCUUUUCCCAUUUUUAAGUUUGAUGCUGUAUUAGUUUUAGUUUGAUACAUUAUGUAAAGUACAUAUGGAAAUCUGUCAAUUUCAUGGUGCUUAUUUUUUAAUGGCACUGUGGAAUUUGGUAACAAUAAAACAUCUAGAAAUCA